GGAAAAUCUCCUAAGUCUGUCUCUACAGGAUGAAUAAGACGGUUAAAUAGGAAGUGACCAGUAGAGCUAUGUUUAGAACCCCUGCCUACUCAUCUCAACUGUCAUUCUUUAACCACUACUAUUCUUGGCAAGUUAAUCUGAGAAGGGUAUAGAGUAUUUUAAUCCUUAGGAGGCCAAGAUGUCAGAUCCAAAAAAAAAUGCCAUUACAGCAGAAAAGGAGGCUUUGAACUUGAAGUUGCCCCCUAUUGUCCGUCCCCCCAAAGACAUAGGUGUUAAUACACCAAAACAAAGUGAGCUGCUAAAUUACAGAAGAUCUAAGGAGCAGCAGAAGAAAAUUAACCAGUUAGUAAUUUCUGGAGCAAAAAAAAAUCUAGACAAAACCCUGGAGAAAAGAAUACCUUCAUUACCAGAGCCAGACUUCCCUCCAACUAUGACCAGUGAAAUUAAAAAAAAAGGAUUAAACUACAUUUUUAUGAAGCAGUGUGUAGAGAGUAGUCCUAUAGUGCCUAUUCAGCCAGAAUGGCUGGACCACAUGUUGAUGCUGAUACCUGAGCACUUAAAGGAGGGGAAAAAGAGAGAAGAACUGCUUGGAAGUCUCGUAAAGGAGGUGUCGAAUGAUUUUGAAAAAAGCAUGAAGAGAUAUUUGGUACAGAGUGUUCUUGUGAAACCUCAAAUUAAAUGGCUUGAAGAUGAAGGAGGCCCUUUGCCGGAAUCUCCUGUGGGACUGGAUUAUUCCAAUCCGUGGCAUUCUAGCUUUGUGCAGGCAAGAAACCAAAUAUUAUCUAAUUUGCACAUCGUUCAUCCAACUAUGAAAAUUUUGUUGGAGUUUGGUUAUACAACAUUUGCAGAUAUAAUUUUGCUGGACUUAACAGGAAUUAGAGCUAGAGGCCCAAUUGAUUGUGACACUCUGAGAAAUGAUCUAUCAAUUCAAGCUAAAAAAUCAGAAGAGAAAAUAAUGAACACAUGGUACCCAAAGGUUAUAAAUCUCUUUACUAGGAAGGAGGCACUAGAAGGCAUUAAGCCUGAAAAAACGGAUUCCUUUUACAACUGUGUUUCCAUACUGAUGUCAAAUCAGUUAAAGGAUCUCUUACGGAGAACGGUAGAAGAAUUUGUAAAACUCUUUGAUCCAAAACACCAAGACAGGCUUCCAAUAUUUAAGAUGGAAUUGACAUUUGAUGAAGAUAAAAUGGAAUUUUAUCCCACCUUUCAAGAUUUGGAAGAUGUCGUUUUAGGCCUGAUAGAACGAAUAUCUGAAACUCUGCAGAAUGUCCAAACAGUGCCGUCUUGGCUGUCAGGAACGACAUCACCUGUGAAUCUUGACACAGAACUUCCAGAGCAUGUGUUACAGUGGGCUCUCAAUACUCUGAAGAUGGCAGUGCAUCAGAACCUAGAAGGAGCAAAAGCACAUUAUGAUUCAUAUGUUGAAAAAUAUAACUGGCUCCUUGAUGGGACUGCAACAACUAUGAUAGAGACUUUCCAGGCAGAAGACCAUACUUUUGAUGAGUACACAGAGUUUAUAGAAAAGUUUUUCAGUCUUGCUUCAGAAAUAAUGCUUUUGCCUCAAUGGGUUCAUUACCCUAUGGUUCGUCUGGACUGUGAGGACUUGAAGACAGGCUUAACCAACAAAGCAAGAGCCUUUGCAAACGUAUUGCUAAGUGACAUAGCUUCAAAAUAUAGGAAAGAAAACGAAUCUAUUUGCAGUGAGUUUGAAGCAAUCAAAGACCAUGCUCUACGAGUUCCUGACACAACAGAAGAAAUGAUGGAGCUAAUCGCUUUUGUAGAAAAAGCUCGAACUAAAGGAAUUCGUGAUUUGGCUUCAAGGAUCCAGGAAUCUAAACGGCAAAUGAGUUACUUUUUAGAUGUUUUUCUAUUUCCUCAAGAAGACUUAAAUUUAAAUGCAGCUGUCCUCAUGUGGCCUACAAAAAUUAACCCCGUGUUUGAUGAGAAUGAUGAACUCAUUGAGAGUGCUAAGCGUCUGAAGGAGAAUGAACUAAUAGCCAAGAGAGAGAAACUAAUCUUGGAAAUAGAGAAGGAAUCGCGUCGCAUGGAAGAGUUCAGGGAGUUUGCAGAACUGGAUCGCAUGCAGCAGUAUGUGAUGGACGUAAGGCAACUACAGAAACGCAUUCAGGAAUCCGAAGAAGCAGUUCAGUUUAUUAAUAAAGAGGAGGAGCUUUUCAAAUGGGAACUGACAAAGUAUCCCGAGCUGGAAAAAUUAAAAGUUAACAUCGAGCCCUACCAGAAGUUUUUUAAUUUUGUUUUGAAGUGGCAAAGAACAGAAAAAAGGUGGAUGGAUGGAGGGUUUUUGGACCUUAAUGGGGAAAGCAUGGAAGCCGAUAUAGAUGAGUUUUCCCGGGAAAUUUUUAAGACACUAAAAUUCUUCCAAACCAAGCAAAAGAAAGAAUUACAAGAGAGAAGAAAGGCAGCAAGAAAACGAUCUUUGGUAGAAGAGAAAGCUGAAGAAGAACAACCAAAAGAGAAUCCUACAAUUGCUAUGUGUGCUAUUGUAAUGGAGCAAAUAAAGGUUUUUAAGGAGUACAUCCCUACUGUUUCCAUUCUGUGCAACCCAGGAAUGAGAGCUCGUCACUGGAAACAGAUGUCAGAGAUUGUGGGUUAUGACUUAACUCCAGAUUCUGGAACUACACUGAGAAAGGUUCUAAAAUUAAACCUUACACCAUAUUUAGAAAAAUUUGAAGUGAUAAGCGCAGGUGCAAGCAAGGAAUUUUCCUUAGAGAGAGCCAUGAAUGCCAUGAUAGCAGCGUGGGAUGAUAUUUCUUUUCACAUGAGUCUGUAUCGUGACACUGGAGUCUGCAUCCUUUCUUCAGUGGAUGAGAUUCAGGCAAUUCUUGAUGACCAAAUUAUAAAAACUCAGACAAUGAGAGGCUCACCUUUUAUCAAACCAUUUGAAAAUGAGAUCAAGGCCUGGGAGGACCGUCUGAUCCGAAUCCAGGAAACAAUUGAUGAAUGGUUAAAAGUGCAGGCCCAGUGGCUCUACUUAGAGCCCAUCUUUUGUUCUGAGGACAUCAUGCAGCAGAUGCCAGAGGAAGGCCGUCAGUUCCAGACGGUGGACAGACACUGGAGGGAAAUCAUGAAGUUCUGUGCGAAAGAUCCGAAGGUUCUCGCUGCCACUUCCUUAACAGGCUUACUAGAAAAACUCCUGAACUGCAAUGACCUUUUGGAAAAAAUCAUGAAAGGGUUGAAUGCAUAUCUUGAAAAGAAACGACUUUUCUUCCCUCGAUUUUUCUUUUUAUCUAAUGAUGAAAUGUUAGAGAUUUUGUCAGAGACCAAAGAUCCACUCAGAGUUCAGCCACACCUAAAAAAAUGUUUUGAAGGCAUUGCUAAAUUGGAGUUCCUGCCCAAUCUGGAUAUUAAAGCCAUGUACAGCUCUGAAGGUGAGCGUGUGGAGCUGAUUGCCCUGAUCUCCACGUCUGCAGCGAGGGGCGCUGUGGAGAAAUGGCUCAUUCAAGUGGAAGAUCUAAUGCUCAGGAGUAUUCAUGAUGUGAUCGCUGCGUCCAGGCUGGCUUAUCCAGAAUCUGCAAGAAAAGACUGGGUCAGAGAGUGGCCUGGCCAAGUUGUGCUUUGUGUUUCUCAGAUGUUCUGGACUUCGGAGACACAAGAGGUUAUAAGCAGUGGGACAGAGGGAUUAAAGAAGUACUACAAGGAACUUCAGUAUCAACUAAAUGAUAUCGUAGAGCUAGUAAGAGGAAAACUGUCCAAACAGACCAGAAUCACACUGGGCGCUUUGGUUACAAUUGAUGUCCAUGCUAGGGAUGUCGUUAUGGACAUGAUUGAAAUGGGUGUCUCACAUGAUACAGAUUUCCAGUGGCUUGCUCAGCUUCGCUAUUACUGGGAAUAUGACAAUGCCCGAGUUCGCAUCAUUAAUUGCAAUGUAAAAUAUGCUUAUGAGUACCUCGGUAACUCCCCUCGGCUUGUCAUAACCCCUCUGACUGACAGGUGUUACAGGACAUUGAUCGGUGCCUUCUAUUUAAACCUCGGAGGUGCUCCAGAAGGGCCAGCAGGCACAGGAAAAACUGAAACCACCAAAGACCUGGCGAAGGCGCUGGCUGUGCAGUGUGUGGUGUUCAACUGCUCUGAUGGGCUAGACUACCUAGCAAUGGGAAAGUUUUUUAAAGGUCUGGCUUCUUCAGGUGCAUGGGCUUGCUUUGAUGAGUUUAAUCGAAUUGAACUGGAAGUGUUAUCAGUGGUGGCACAGCAAAUUCUUUGCAUCCAGAGAGCCAUUCAACAGAAACUGGAUGUGUUCAUUUUUGAAGGGACAGAACUUAAGCUCAAUCCGAACUGUUUUGUAGCUAUUACUAUGAACCCUGGUUAUGCCGGACGUUCCGAAUUGCCAGACAACCUCAAGGUUCUUUUUAGAACAGUCGCGAUGAUGGUUCCAAACUACGCCCUCAUAGCAGAGAUCUCCCUCUACUCCUAUGGAUUUCUGAAUGCAAAGCCCCUAUCUGUGAAGAUAGUGAUGACCUACAGGCUGUGCUCAGAGCAGCUGUCCUCCCAGUUUCACUACGACUACGGCAUGCGAGCAGUGAAAGCAGUGCUAGUGGCAGCUGGGAAUCUCAAGCUAAAAUAUCCCGAUGAGAAUGAGGACAUAUUGCUUCUUCGAUCAAUUAAAGAUGUAAAUGAACCAAAGUUUCUAUCACAUGACAUCCCUUUAUUUAAUGGAAUAACCAGUGACUUAUUUCCUGGUAUUAAACUUCCUGAAGCUGAUUAUAAUUGGCAGGAACACACCCAGGGUCAGGAGGGUGGACUAGCGGAAAGUUUUAUGCUAGUAGGAGAGCCUUUUGCUGCUAAGACAAAAGUUCUGCAUGUGCUGGCUGAUACUUUAACUCUUAUGAAUGAACGCAACUAUGGAGAGGAAGAAAAGGUCAUGUUUAGGACUGUAAACCCGAAGUCAAUUACUAUGGGCCAGCUGUUUGGGCAGUUUGACCCCGUGUCUCAUGAGUGGACUGAUGGCAUCGUGGCGAACACGUUUAGAGAAUUUGCCUUAGCAGAAUCACCUGACCGGAAAUGGGUUGUAUUUGAUGGUCCUAUUGACACUUUGUGGAUAGAAAGUAUGAAUACAGUCUUGGAUGAUAAUAAAAAGCUUUGCCUUAUGAGUGGAGAAAUCAUUCAAAUGUCUCCUCAAAUGAGCCUCAUCUUUGAAACAAUGGACCUUUCACAGGCUUCCCCUGCCACUGUGAGUCGUUGUGGCAUGAUUUAUUUGGAACCAUCACAGUUAGGAUGGGAACCGCUUGUGGCUUCAUGGUUGAAUUCAUUGAAAGAGCCUCUAAAUGAACCAGAACAUCAAACCCUGCUGAAAGAACUUUUCAAAUGGCUAGUGCCACCUUCUUUAGCAUUCCGCAGGAAGAAAUGCAAGGAACUGAUUCCCACAAGUAACAUCAACGCAGUAGUCUCCCUCACACGCCUCUUUGAGGUCCUUCUCUGUAGCGUGUUGGAGAAUGAGCCCACUACCAAGCACACGCGUGUUUGGACCAUGGCCUGUUUUAUAUUCUCCUUGAUUUGGUCAAUUGGAGCAAGUUGUGAUACAAAUGGCCGCCUUGCUUUUGAUAAUUUCAUACGAUCCAUUGUAUCAGGGAAGAACGAAGAAGACCCAUUGCCAAACUCUGUGGGUAAAUGGGAAUGCCCAUUUGAUGAAAAAGGCCUGGUCUAUGACUACAUGUAUGAGCUAAAAAACAGAGGUCGCUGGCUCCACUGGAAUGAAUUAAUUAAAAGUUCUAAUUUAGAAGACAAACGAACCAAAAUUCAAGAUCUCAUCAUCCCUACAAUGGACACAAUUAGAUAUACUUUCCUAAUGGAUUUGAGUAUUACCUAUGCAAAGCCACUGCUUUUUGUGGGUCCGACUGGUACAGGAAAGUCAGUGUAUGUCAAGGAUAAGCUAAUGAAUCACUUGGAAAAAGACAAGUACUUUCCUUUCUAUGUGAAUUUCUCUGCACGGACCAGUGCCAAUCAGGUUCAGAACAUCAUCAUGGCUAGAUUGGACAAAAGGCGCAAGGGAGUAUUUGGACCACCUAUGGGAAAGAAGUGUGUAGUGUUUAUAGAUGAUAUGAAUAUGCCUUCACUGGAGAAAUAUGGAGCCCAACCUCCUAUUGAGUUAUUACGACAGUUUUUUGAUUGUGGACAUUGGUAUGACCUCAAGGACACCAGUAAAAUCACACUGGUUGACAUAGAACUGAUAGCAGCCAUGGGUCCUCCAGGUGGUGGAAGGAAUGCAGUCACUCCCCGUUUUAUUCGACAUUUCAAUAUCUGCACCAUCAAUUCUUUCAGUGAUGAAACUAUGGUCCGGAUUUUCUCAUCAAUCAUGGCAUUCUACCUUAGGUCUCGUGAAUUUCCUCCAGAUUACUUUAUAGUUGGAAACCAGAUAGUCAGUGGGACUAUGGAGAUAUAUAAGCAAUCUAUGAAGAAUCUUUUGCCCACUCCUGCAAAAUCUCAUUAUACCUUCAAUCUGCGUGAUUUCUCACGUGUCAUCCGGGGCUGCUUGCUCAUGGAGAGAGAGGCUGUGGAGAGCAAGCACACGAUGAUCCGCCUGUUUGUGCAUGAGGUUCUCCGCGUGUUUUAUGAUCGCCUCAUUAAUGAUGAUGAUCGAAACUGGCUCUUCAUGUUAAUUAAAACUGUUAUCAAGGACUACUUUAAGGAGCCAUUUGAUGGUAUCUUUUCUCACCUGCGAAAAGAGAAUGCUCCAGUAACUGAAGAAGACAUAAGAAAUCUCAUGUUUGGGGAUUAUAUGAAUCCUGAUCUUGAAGGAGAUGACCGAAUUUACAUUGAAAUUCCAAGUAUUCAGCAGUUUAAUGAUGUUGUUGACCAGUGCCUAGAUGAGUAUAAUCAAACUCACAAAAGCAGAAUGAAUCUUGUUGUGUUCAGGUAUGUUUUGGAACAUUUAUCAAGAAUAUGCCGCAUUCUAAAGCAGUCUGGUGGAAAUGCGUUGCUAAUUGGGCUUGGAGGAAGCGGUCGGCAAUCGUUAACUCGUCUGGCUACAUCGAUGGCAAAAAUGCAGAUUUUCCAACCAGAAAUUUCUAAGAGUUAUGGUAUGAAUGAGUGGAGAGAGGAUAUGAAGACCUUGUUAAGAAAUGUAGGCAUGAAGGGCCAGAAGACAGUCUUUCUGAUCACAGACACUCAGAUUAAAGAGGAAGCUUUCCUAGAAGAUAUUGACAGUGUGCUCAAUACUGGCGAGGUUCCUAACAUUUUUGCAGCAGAUGAGAAGCAAGAAGUAAUGGAGGGGGUCCGCCCGGUGGCUCAGGCUGGCAAUAAGCAUGACGAGCUCAGUCCAUUGGCCCUGUUUGCUUUCUUUGUGAGCCGCUGCAAAGACAACCUUCACGUUGUCGUGGCCUUCAGCCCCAUAGGAGACGCCUUUCGCAACCGGCUGAGACAGUUCCCGUCCCUCAUCAAUUGCUGCACUAUUGAUUGGUUUCAGCCAUGGCCUGAAGAUGCUCUUGAGCGUGUAGCCGUGAAUUUCUUAGAAACCCUGGAGCUGACUGAGGUUGAGCGGCAAGAGAUAGUUCCGAUCUGUAAACACUUCCACACUUCCAUUAUGGUCCUCUCAGAAAGGUUCUUAGAAGAGCUGGGAAGACAUAACUAUGUCACUGCUACUUCUUAUCUUGAACUUAUUGGCUCGUUCCGGCAGCUGUUGACUAAGAAACGGCAAGCUGUCAUGGAAGCAAAACAACGCUACGUGAAUGGACUUGACCAGUUAGCUUUUGCUGAGUCUCAGGUUGGUGAAAUGAAACUGGAGCUUGUUGAAUUACAGCCCAAAUUGGAGGAGGCUAAAAUUGAAAAUGCACGCAUGAUGCAGAUUAUUGAGAUAGAGUCUGCACAAGUAGAGGCAAAAAGAAAAUUUGUGAAAUUGGAUGAAGAGAUAGCCAGUGGGAAGGCAGAAGAAGCCCAAGCUCUGAAGAAUGAGUGUGAGAGUGAUCUGGCGGAGGCGAUCCCAGCCUUGGAGGCAGCUCUGUCUGCGCUAGACACACUUAAGGGAACUGAUAUUACAAUUGUGAAAUCAAUGAAGAAUCCUCCAGCUGGUGUUAAACUCGUUAUGGCUGCUGUUUGUGUCAUGAAAGAUAUAAAACCAGAAAAAAUUUCAGAUCCUUCAGGAACUGGGGGAAAGAUAUUGGAUUACUGGGGACCUAGCAAAAAACUUCUGGGAGAUAUGAAUUUCUUAAAAGAUCUGAGAGAGUACGACAAGGACAAUAUUCCAGUGAGUGUUAUGCAGAAGAUCCGCAGUGAAUAUUUGACAAACCCCGAGUUUGAUCCCCCUAAGGUUGCUAAGGCUUCUUCUGCAGCUGAGGGGCUGUGCAAGUGGAUCAUGGCCAUGGAGGUGUAUGACCGAGUCGCUAAGGUGGUGGCUCCUAAGAAAGCUCGCUUAUCAGAGGCGCAAAAGUCCUUAGCUGAGACAAUGGAGCUUUUGAAUCAGAAGAGGGCAGAACUUGUGGAAGUAGAACAUCAUCUGGAAAAUUUACAGAAGAUUUUUCUCGAGAAAACAGAGGAGAAGGCAGCUUUGGAAGAUCAGGUGGAACUGUGUGCUAAGAAGCUGGAACGUGCCUCAAGGCUAAUAGGAGGACUGGGAGGAGAGAAAUCAAGAUGGUCUCAAGCUGCCAGUGACCUUCAGAUAACAUAUGAGAACUUAACUGGUGAUGUCCUAGUGUCAGCAGGAGUAAUAGCUUACCUUGGUGCUUUCACUUCUGGAUUCCGACAAGAGUGCACAGAAAACUGGAGCAUGUUGUGCAAGGAGAAAAAAAUCCCAUGUUCAGAGGAGUUCUCGCUGAGCAAAACCUUGGGUGACCCAGUAAAAAUUAGAGCUUGGAAUAUUGCCGGGCUGCCAACAGAUGCAUUCUCCAUAGACAACGGUGUGAUUGUUAAUAAUUCCAGACGAUGGCCUUUAAUGAUUGACCCCCAGGGUCAAGCCAAUAAGUGGAUCAAGAACUCUGAGAAAGAAAACCAGCUUAGUGUUAUUAAGCUCUCAGAUACGGACUACAUGAGAACUCUGGAGAACUGCAUUCAGUUUGGAAGUCCACUCCUGCUGGAAAAUGUUGGUGAAGAGCUGGACCCCUCUUUGGAGCCGCUGUUACUUAGACAAACUUUUAAACAAGGUGGUAUUGAUUGCAUCCGACUUGGUGAAGUCAUUAUUGAAUAUUCUUUUGAUUUUAAGUUUUAUAUCACCACAAAAUUGAGAAACCCACACUACAUGCCAGAGCUGGCCACAAAAGUGUCUUUGCUCAACUUCAUGAUAACACCGGAAGGGCUUGAAGACCAGUUACUUGGCAUUGUUGUUGCAAAGGAGAGACCAGAAUUAGAGGAGGAACGGAAUGCCCUUAUUCUUCAGUCUGCAGCUAAUAAGAAGCAGCUGAAAGACAUAGAGACGAGGAUUCUGGAAACAUUGUCGUCUUCAGAAGGGAACAUUCUGGAAGAUGAAAGUGCAAUAAAAGUCUUAGACUCUGCCAAAAUAAUGUCUAACGAGAUAAUGAAGAAGCAGCAGGUUGCAGAAAAAACAGAACUCAAAAUAGCAGAGUCCCGGGAAGGCUAUAGACCCAUCGCUAAACAUUCAUCAGUGUUAUUCUUUAGCAUUGCAGACCUGGCUAACAUUGAUCCCAUGUACCAAUACUCUCUCAUCUGGUUUGUGAACCUCUAUAUCAACUCUAUUCAUGACAGUAACAAAUCCAAAAUUUUGGAAAAGCGCCUGCGGUAUUUGAAUGACCACUUCACAUACAACUUAUAUUGCAACAUUUGUCGAUCACUGUUCGAGAAGGACAAGCUACUCUUCUCCUUUUUAUUAUGCGCCAAUCUUCUUCUGGCCAAGAAAGAGAUUGAAUACCAGGAACUGAUGUUUCUUUUAACUGGAGGAGUGAGUCUUAAGAGUGCCGAAAAAAAUCCCGCUCCAGAAUGGCUACAGGAUAAAAGCUGGGAGGAGAUUUGUAGAGCAAGUGAACUUGCCGUCUUCCAAGGACUCAGGGAGCAUUUCUGUGAGAACACAGAGGAGUGGCGGGAGAUCUAUGACAGCAAAGAGCCGCACAAUGUGAAAUUUCCAGAACCAAUGGACAAGACGCUGAAUGAAUUGCAGAAAAUAAUAAUUCUUCGGUGUUUAAGGCCUGAUAAGAUAACCCCAGCUAUAACAAAUUAUGUAACCGACAAACUAGGGAAAAAAUUUGUAGAACCUCCACCAUUUGAUUUGACAAAGAGUUACUUGGAUUCGAAUUGCACCAUUCCCUUGAUUUUUGUGCUGUCUCCAGGAGCAGAUCCUAUGGCCAGUCUGCUGAAGUUUGCAAAUGAUAAAUCUAUGUCUGGAAAUAAGUUCCAAGCUAUUUCACUGGGGCAAGGACAAGGACCGGUUGCAGCAAAAAUGAUUACAGCUGCAAUAGAAGAAGGAACUUGGGUUUGUCUACAAAACUGUCACCUUGCUGUUUCCUGGAUGCCCACACUGGAAAAAAUAUGUGAAGAUUUUUCAACUGAAAUCUGCAAUUCGAGUUUUAGGCUUUGGCUCACAAGCUAUCCGUCCCCAAAGUUCCCAGUAACAAUUCUACAAAACGGAGUAAAAAUGACCAAUGAACCUCCCACGGGUCUUCGGCUAAAUCUCCUCCAAUCAUAUCUCUCUGAUCCAAUUUCCGAUCCUCAGUUUUUCAAGGGAUGCCUGGGCAAAGAACCGGCGUGGGAGAAGUUGCUUUUCGGAGUAUGCUUUUUUCAUGCCCUUGUUCAAGAAAGAAAAAAAUUCGGUCCUCUGGGUUGGAAUAUCCCAUAUGGAUUCAACGAGUCAGACUUACGCAUCAGUAUCCGGCAACUGCAGCUGUUUAUAAAUGAAUAUGACACGAUCCCAUUCGAAGCUAUCACUUACCUGACUGGGGAGUGCAACUACGGAGGAAGAGUCACAGACGACUGGGACAGACGCCUCCUGCUAACCAUGCUGGCCGACUUCUACAACCCGCAGAUCAUUGAGAACCCUCACUACAGGUUUUCUCCCAGCGGGAACUAUUUUGCUCCUCCCAAAGGCACUUACGAGGACUACAUUGAAUUCAUUAAGAAACUCCCAUUUACUCAAGAACCUGAGAUAUUCGGAUUACAUGAAAAUGUUGACAUCUCCAAAGAUCUUCAACAAACCAAAGUCCUGUUUGAGUCCUUGCUCCUCACCCAGGGAGGCUCCAAACAGACAGGCUCCUCAGGAAGUGCUGACCAGAUCCUGUUAGAAAUCACGGAAGACAUCCUGGAGCAGCUCCCGAACGACUUUGACAUUGAAGCGGCGCUGCAGCGCUACCCCGUGAGGUAUGAAGAGAGCAUGAACACCGUGCUAGUGCAGGAGAUGGAGCGCUUCAACAACUUGAUCAGAACGAUACGUAACACUCUGCAGGACCUUAAGAAGGCGAUCAAAGGUGUGGUUGUAAUGGACUCUGCCUUGGAAGCCCUUUCAAGCAGCUUGCUUAUUGGGAAGGUUCCAGAAAUAUGGGCGGAAAGGUCUUACCCAAGUCUGAAGCCCCUUGGAAGUUACAUUACAGAUUUCCUAGCCCGGCUGAAUUUUUUAAAGGAAUGGUACAACUUGGGAAAACCCAAUGUGUUUUGGAUUUCUGGUUUCUUUUUCACCCAAGCUUUUUUAACUGGAGCUAUGCAGAAUUAUGCCAGAAAAUAUACCAUCCCGAUUGAUCUACUAGGCUACAAAUUUGAGGUGAUCCCUUCCCAUGACUCUGACACUGCGCCAGAAGAUGGUGUUUACAUUCACGGGUUAUAUCUUGAUGGCGCACGCUGGGAUAGGAGCAGUGGAUUGCUUGCUGAACAACAUCCCAAACUUUUGUUUGACCUGAUGCCCAUCAUAUGGAUAAAACCAAAUGAAAAAUCUAAGAUUGUGAAGUCAAACGCUUAUAUCUGUCCCCUCUACAAGACAAGUGAACGAAAAGGAACUCUUUCCACUACAGGACAUUCCACCAACUUUGUCAUUGCAAUGCUGCUAAAAACGGACCUGCCUGUCCAACACUGGAUCAAGCGUGGUGUGGCGAUGCUCUGUCAGCUGGACAACUAA